ACAAGUGAUAAUUUUGUGGGAGGGGCGACAGCAAACUGACCACCAAAACACGGGAUAAACUUUAUUUAUUGUGACCCUAGAACAACAUUGAUCGUUACAUAUAGUUUUUUAUACUAACGACCACAAGACUGACGUUCCACAAUGGAAGCGCUAAAGAGAUUUAAGAAGAAAACGAAGGAUGCAGUUGAGGCUGGUAGAUCAUCAGGCAACACUUCUCAACAGUCUCGUCCAGUGGCUGCAGCAGGGGAACAAGAGGGCUUUAUUUGUCCAGUGUGUAUGUCCACACUGUCGUCACCAGAGAAGCUUCAAAUGCAUUGGGAGUCCGACCAUAACGCUCCCACUCCUCAGGAGAGUCUCGGUACACCUACACCACCUAAGGUUGAAUCCCCAGCGAGCCAUUCAUCAAAGAACAGGGAUGGUGACGUAUUGGCAUUGAGACAAGAAUUAGAAGAUCUACGGGUGUCACUAAAGGAGGAAAAGUGGUAUUCAGAAGAAUUGAAAAAAGAAGUUGACAAGCUUCAGAAUGGCCAGCCACCAUCGGAAGGAGGUGAUGAAAAUCGAAAACGAGGAGAAGAAGAUAGAUCUCUGUUGUCUUCUGAAGUGAUCUUACUCCGUCAACAACUAACUGAAGCAAUGGAGAAUGCCAAUGCUUACAAGACUGUCAAAGAUUCCAUGGAGCAAAAGGCUGCCUCUCUGGCAACGGAGAUGGUGACCCUAAAGUCUAAGCUUGAUGAAGAGUGUGAUAUUCACAACAGCUUAAAGGAAGCCAUGAAACAAACUCAGGUAUCUGCUGAAAUUGAGUUGCAGGAUCGAGAUUCAAGAAUGAAAGCCUUGCAGUCACAGCUACUCCAGAGGCCUGGUGCAGAUGAUGUAAUGGUUCUAAAGAAGGAACUAGUGUCUGUCCAGAUGUUAAUGGAUGAAGUGUCACUCGCUAGCGAAGCUGAAAUGAAAGAAGUCAAGAAACAAUACCAGGAACUGCAGACUAAAUACCAGCUAUCGGAAUCCACUAUUUUGCAACUCCAGAAUGAUUUACAAGCAGCGCCAAGCAAAGUGGAACUUGAAAGAUUACAAGCAUCAAUUAGUGAUAGCAGUAGCGGAUGUGAAACGCUGAAAGAAGAGUUCCAGUUGAAGACUCAGGAAAACAUGACGCUAUCCAAGCAGCUUAGUGAGGUUCGAAGUCAAUUGAAACAUCAAGAGUCAGCGUGUAGUAAGUUGCAGCAAGAAUUAGACUACACAAAGCAGCAACAGCAGCAACAAGCAGCUACUAAAGAUAGUCAGAAUACAGAACUUCAGGAUCAACUCAAUAAGUUGACUGUCUUACAAGAAGACAAAGAGGCUGAGCUUGUUCGACUUCAGAAACAGUUGGUGACAAACAGAGAGGCUGCCGAGAGUCAGCAUCGACAGUUAGAACUCCAAGUAGCAGAUGCACAACUUCAACUUGCCAAGACCGAAGGGAAUGUUGGUCAGAAAGACUCCCAAGUCAGCGACCUACAGUUACAGCUAGACAUGUUGCAGCAGCAGUAUGCCCAAGAGAGCGUUAGUAAUGAUGAACUACGAGCACAGAUACAGGAGAAGCAGUCUCAGAUAGAGGAACAACAACGCCAACUUGCUGACCGGCAAGACAAGAACGCUGAACUUGAAGAGUCCCUUCAGAAGCAAAAAGAUGACACAGAGAGACUGGAAGGUGAGAGAACAGACCUUAUGGCCAAGAUUGAAGCUGGGGAGGGUGCAUCAACAGCCAUACAACAACUCAAGCAAGAAAAUGAAAGUCUCCAGAACCAGCUGUCCUCUCUCCAGCUCAACAAAGACAAACAAACUGAAGAACACAAGUCGGCAGUGGAGGAACUUCAUAAGCAACUCCAACAGGGUAAACUUCAGUCAACUAAUAUCACCAAACAAAAUGAAAGAUCUGAGAGUAACUUGAAGGACGCGAGGACUAAACUGGCUGCUUCACAGGAGAGACUGGCUAGUCUUGAAGCGGAGCUCAAAACCAAGGAGGAGGUAAUCCUUGCUAUGGAGUCAUCUAUGGCCACCCAGCGUACAGAUCUUGAGAGCCAUCUUAGAACAACCCAAGCUGGGCUGGAGGAUAAAUCACAAGAACUUAACAAGGCACAAGAGCAACUGCAAAAGGUCCAAAGUGAUUUAUCAACCACCAAAGAGCAACUGUCUCAGUUAGACGUCAAAAGUGUAUCCCUUCAGGAACAGCUGACAACAUCAAAACAUCAAUAUUCAUUGCUUCAAAAUGAUCUACAAGACAAGAUAAGCCAGUUGGGUCUGUUGGAGGCCAGCAAGAAAGAAUCAGAAACUCAUCUUACUGGUCAAGUUCAAUCCUUGCAAGACAAGCUUAAUGCUAAAGAAGAGACACUGAAGAAGGUGUCACUUGAUUAUCAACAGACAAAAGAACAGAAUGCGUCAGCAGUCAAAAGUCUACAAGAUAAUCUAGAAUCCACCAGGAGUAGUCUUGAAGAAACCAAGUCUCAGAUGCAACAGAAGGUCCAAAGCAUUGAGAAACAGAGGGAUACCUUCCAAGAAUCUUUAUCUGCUACACAAGAAAGCCUUCUCGGAAAAGAGAAAGAGUUGACUCAACUACAAAAACAGAAGAGUGAUGUUAUGGUACAAGCUGCAGAGCAUGUUGAGAAACUAUCAGCUGAUCUUCAGAAUACACAAUUGGAUCUGAACCAAACCAAGGCUAGCUUAGCAGAAAGGAUACAGACUGAGAAGGAGCAAGCGGAAUGCAUCAAGAAUCUUGAAGAAGAGAAGACUAAGAUACAAGAUGAGUUUAGUGUGGAGCAAGAUGUUGUCGCUACACUGCAGACUCAGAUCACAGAUCAGGAAAAGCAAAUAGCUCAAAAGGAUGAUCAAUGUCAGAAGUUAGAGAAGCAACUCGAAGGCAAAGAAGAGCAACAAAAGGGAUUACAAAGGAAGAUAGAGGUUUUGGAGCAGGAAGUUGCCAAAUCAUGUGACCAGUGUCGUAAUUACGAAACACAAGUUGUCAAACUACAAGCUCAAGUCAAGGAUGGACAAGAGAAGAGUGAAGCUCUCCAUACAGAGUUGGAAAAUCUUCACCUCACUUUGAGCAAGACUGAAGAGGAGUUAGACAAAGUGAAAGGAAGUGAAGCAUCGUUAAUGAGCAGUGUAGAAGGACUACAAGAAGUGAAAGUGGUGCUUGAUGCUCGAGUAGCUGAGCUUGACCAGGAACUGAAGGCGGAGGCAGAUAGAUAUCGUUCACUGAAACAAGAUGAGGCCUUGAAGAAAGCAGAAUUUGAGAAGUUAGAAACCUUGAAGGGUGAGAUUGAGGAAUCCAAUGCUUCACUGACCGACCAAGUGACUGAAUUACACACAGCAUUAAAACAAGAAAAAGAGGACAGUGCAAAGGAACAAGCUGCAGUUCAGGAGGCCAAGCAACUCCUGAUUAAACAGAAGUUAGACUUGCAGUCACAACUCAUGGAUAAAGAGACAGCAUUAAACAAAGCUGAAGCCGAGCAUGCAGAAACUAAAGAAGUGGCUCAUAAAGUACAGACAAUGCUCAGAGAUGAGUCUGCAGCACUGCAGAAUAAAUUGGCUUCUGAGGAACAAGCCAAAGCUGACCUGCAGAACCAGAAAGAAGACAUCGAGCAACGCUCCAAUUUGCAACUCUGCGCUCUGAAUGAAAACCUGAGUACGAUACGUAGUGAUCUGGUUCAAUCCGAUACUAGAAGACAGGAACUGGAGAAAGUUGUGGAUGAACUCAGAGGAGAGAUUGCAGUGCUGGAAGCUACCAUUCAAAAUAAUCAAGAUGAAAGGAGAACGCUUCUUGAAAGAUGUCUAGCUAGCGAGGGAGAUGCUGAGAAACUGCAAACCAAGGUGGUACAGCUCAAACGCAAACUAGAGGACGCUCAAGCUGCCAUGCAUGAACUCGGACGAGAGAACCAGAACUUACAGAUAGUUCAGUCCAGACAGAUGACUCGCAAGUGGGCUGAUGAUCAAGAGGUCAAGAACUGCAUGGGAUGUGAAAAGGCUUUCUCUGUGACUGUCAGGAGGCAUCACUGUCGUCAGUGUGGAAACAUCUUCUGCAACGAGUGUUCAGCUAAAUCUGCAACCAUUGCAUCAUCUAAAAAGCCUGUCCGUGUCUGUGAUGGCUGCUACACUGAGCUCUUGACAUAAUGGAAGGACGGACACCAGACCCAGUAUCUUGUGGAACUCAUUGCCCCAUUAGGUUUUUGAGUCGCCAACCUGGGUUAUCUUCAAGAACAGUCAAAGGAAUUAACCACCCAGUCAUAAA